CAAAGUGUACUGUCCUAGCUAGCAGAAAAGCUUACGUACCGCAAUAAUGGCGACUUCCACUUCUGGGAAACCACUUCAUCUUCUUCUUCUUCCUCUUCUUCUUCUUCUCUUACCUCUCAUGGCGUCAGCUUCUCGUUUCAGAACAGCUCUUCUGAACCAGAAUUCGGAGGAGUCUUCUCCUUCGCCAUUUCCGCUCAACUUUUUCUUCGGCACUUCUUCCUCUUCUUACCAGUAUGAAGGGGCUUAUUUAAGUGAUGGUAAAGGUCUAAGCAAUUGGGAUGUUUACACCCAUCAACCAGGAAAGGUCUUGGAUGGAAGCAAUGGAGAUGUUGCGGCUGAUCAAUACCACUUGUAUCAGGAAGAUGCAGAUCUGUUAGCGUCUCUGGGAGUCAACAGUCACAAGCUUUCUAUUUCAUGGUCUCGGGUUCUGCCAAAAGGGAGACAUGGAAACAUUAACUGGAAAGGGAUCAACUACUACAAAAAUCUCAUUGACUCUCUCCUGCUCAAAGGAAUCGAGCCAUUUGUGACUAUAAAUCACUAUGAUCUCCCUCAAGAACUCCAGGACAGAUAUCAAGGUUGGCUCAGCUCUGAAAUGCAGGAAGAAUAUGCAUACUUUGCAGAUGUGUGCUUCAAGCAUCUUGGUGAUAAAGUAAAGUACUGGAUUACCUUCAACGAGCCCAAUAUGUGGAUCAUUUGUGCUUAUCGUUGGGGGAUGUGGCCACCAAAUCGUUGUUCAGUACCCCAUGGGAUCUGCAGUGAAGGAGAUUCAGCAAAGGAGCCUUACAUUGUAGCCCACAACAUGAUUCUAGCCCAUGCUGCUGCUGUCAACAUUUACAGAAAAAAUUACCAGCAACAACAAGGGGGCCAGAUAGGAUUGGCAGUGCUUAUUUACUGGUAUGAACCCUUCACCAACUCCACAGCAGACAAAGCAGCAGUUGAGAGAGGUCAAUCCUUCAUGUCAAAAUGGUUCUUGGACCCAGUCAUAUAUGGAUCAUAUCCUAAAGAAAUGAGAGAUCUUUUGGGGUCAAAUUUACCAGAGUUUUCAAGUAAUGACCUGGAAAAGCUGAAAUCUGCAGCAGGAUUGGAUUUUAUUGGAAUCAACCAUUACACAACCUAUUUCGUCCAAGAUUGCUUGUCUUCUACAUGUGACCCUUUUAUGUUAGGAAACACAAGAGAAGAAGGUUUUGUUGGCCAAAGUCUAAUCAACAAAAACGGCAACCUUAUUGGGGAACUGACAGGGUUGGAAUAUCUAGCCGUUUAUCCAUCUGGAAUGGAGAAAGUAGUAACAUACGUGAAAGAAAAUUACCCAAGCAUACCACUCUAUGUAACAGAAAACGGCUAUUGUGACACAACCACCCCAAACUCUACCAUUGAAGAAGUAUUGUAUGAUACCAAGCGAGUCAAAUUCUUGGCUGAUUAUCUAGAUGCCAUUGCAACUGCCAUCAGGAAAGGAGCAGAUGUCAGAGGCUAUUUUAUUUGGUCUUUGUUCGAUAACUUUGAGUGGACAUAUGGAUACACAAAGAGAUUGGGGCUUUACCAAUUUGAUCGUGUCACGUUAAAGAGGACUCCAAAGUUAUCUGCAAAAUGGUACAAAGAAUUCAUUGCAAAGAAUCAGAAAGUUGGGAAUAAAAUGCGGUCGAAAAACUCGCUUCUUCAUCAAAAUCAGUAAAGUUUAUUUAUAAACUGAUUUUGAUCGAGUUGAUUGACGAGUUAAACUGUGGCCAAAGAUUGCUUUAAUAAGUAUGAUUUAUAUUAUGAGGUGUUUUAAUUUACACAAGUCAAUUGAGUUAUAAAUUCCUAUGUCAAUUACAAUUUAUUUAACACAUUAAGAUUAAGUGAUACGUCAUAUCAACUACACAAGAAAUAAUUGUAAUUAACUUGAGAUGUUCUUCCACCAAA